AUGCUCGGCAUCUGGUGCAUGUCCAAUGCAUAUCUCACGGACAAUCCGGAAUCGAUGAAACGUUUAGCCGCGACCAUUUGGAUGGCUGUCCAUAAAAUCAAAAGACCAGAACAUCAGACGACAAGAACACCAGAAGACCAGAAGAGAGAAAGACCAAAUAAAAAAACAGAAGACCUGAAGACCAGAAAAUCAGAAGAUCUGAAAACCAGACGACUAGACGACCAGAAGACCAGAAGAUUAGAAGUCCUGAACACCAGACGACUACAACACCAGAAGACCAGAAGAUCAGAACACCAGAAGACCAAAAGAUCUGAAGACCAAAAAACAGAAGACCAGAAGACCAGAAGACAAGAAGACAAGAAAAUCAGAAAACCAGACGACCAGAAGAUCAGAAGACCAGAAAACUAG